AUGGAUGGCCUGGGGGAUGGCGAUGGCAUGGGCUUUGACAUGCAACCCAUGAUGAUGAACCAACAAUCCCAGCUGUUUGGAGGUUAUACCCAUGAUGGCUCGCAAAUGUCUAUUCCUGGUGGUUCCAUGUACCCCGAUGAUUCUUUAUUGGGCGUGGGGGACGAUGGCAACGAUGGCAACGAUGGCAACGAUGUCAACGACGCCAAAAGGCGACGUAUUGCUAGGGCAUGCGACAUGUGCCGAAAAAAGAAGAUCAAGUGCGACGGAAAGAUGCCCAAGUGCUCGCACUGCAUCAACUAUAAAACAGACUGUAUUUUCACACAAGUAGAAAAGAAACGAAAUCCGCCCAAAGGAGCCAAGUACAUCGAAGGAUUGGAGAAUCGUUUGGGUCGCAUGGAGUCUUUGCUGCGAUUAUCUGGUCUUUUGUCCGAAGGUGAUAAUGGAAAGACAGAUCUAGGCACACUUGAGAAACGACUGGCCGAUCGAACGAAUGCCUUGAGUGCGGCGAGAAAUGCAAAUCAGUUUACAGCUCCGAGUGCAACCCAGCACGCCGCCGCGACCUCUCACAAUACCACCCCCCGCAUGGAUUCGCAGUCCAGUCCACGAACCACCGCCGCUACAUCACCUGAAUCUCAAAAGUCUGAGACCGAAGUGGAGGCCCUGUCGGACAUGAUGUGCUCAUUAGUCACCAAUAACUGUGGAGAGACUAGAUACAUUGGUUCUUCGUCCGGAUUUUCGAUCUUCUCUCCAAAGGGUAUUCAAUGGGUCAACGAAAAGACAGGAGAUACUUCAUUCCAAGAAAUGAUCUCAUCGGCCUAUGUUGACGAUAAUAAAUGGAUGUACUGGAAGCCGGAGAUCUUCAGCGACAUUUUCGCUCGGAGGGUCUUCAAACCCUUGCCCCCGAAGGAGGAGGCUCUUUCUUUAUUCAAAGACUUCUUCGAAAACUUCAAUUGCAUGUUCCCUCUGUUCCACGAGGCGACAUUUAUGCAUUUAGUGGAUCGCCAAUAUUCUCGCGACCCAUAUGAAGGCUCUGGGUGGUGGGCUAGUAUCAAUGUUGUGCUGGCUAUUUCCCAUCGACUCCGAGUGAUGAGCAAUCUUGUGCCACACGAGGAGGACAAGAAGGCUUGGCUGUACUUGAAGAAUGCUAUGGGUGUUUUGACUGAGUUGACGAUGCGAAACGCUGAUCUUUUGAGUGUCCAAGCACUCUUGGGAAUGUCUCUGUUCCUACAAGGUACACCCAACCCGCAACCUGCUUUCUUCCUGGUUGCAGCGGCCAUUCGCCUGUCACACAGCAUUGGCUUGCAUAAGCGUGGCUCUGGCUUUGGAUUGAACCCAGUGGAGAUGGAGCAGCGAAAGAGGGUCUUUUGGAUUGCUUAUACUCUUGAUAAGGACCUCUGUCUACGGUCUGGCCGACCACCUGUGCAGGAUGACGACGAUAUGAACGUUGAGCUUCCAAGCGAAGACCCGCCAGACAACGUUGGUAAUGUCCCACUUGCUGACGGAAUAGGCAAAUUUAACCUCUUCCGGUCCUUGUGCGAGUUUGCCACGAUUGAGAGCAAGGUCUACAAGAAGCUUUACUCGGCCAAAGCAUCUCGGCAGUCAGAUGGUGAAUUACUCAGCACCAUUGGUGAGCUUGAUAAGGAGCUCGAAGACUGGAAAGACAGUAUUCCCGUUGAUUUCCGCCCAGAACAUGAUAUUCAAGCCACUCAUGGUCCUCUCAUCCUUCACGUUGUGGUCCUGCACUUUUCAUACUACAAUUGUCUAACCACUAUUCAUCGUAUGUCCGUACACCAUGGUUACUGGACAAGUCGUUUAUCCAACUACGCCAUUCAGGGCCUGAAUGCCCGACCAUUGAACCCGAGAGUCUUCCUCUCCGCAGCACUCUGCGUGACUGCGGCUAGGGCGUCAAUCAAUCUGAUCAAGUAUAUCCCUCAAGGCGAUUUUGCCUGUGUAUGGUUGAUUCUUUACUAUCCCGUGUCUGCUCUUGUUACUCUCUUCGCCAAUAUUCUUCAAAACCCCAGCGAUGCCCGUGCUCGGUCAGACGUGAAAUUGAUGAACGUAGUCGUCAAUUUCCUGUCUACCUUGGUUUCUGACGAGUCUAACGGUAGCAUCAAGCGGAUGCUUUCUCUCUGUGGCGAGUUUGAAAGAAUCGCAAAGGUGGUUCUGGACAAAGCCGAGAAAGAGUCUCAUGCGCGUAAGAAGCGGAAGAACGCACCUGGCGAUUCGACCCAGCCAAAACGGGAUGAAUAUGAAGAAGAACUUAAUGCAUCCAAACCUCAACCGCCUCCCUCCUCAUCGACGCCUUUCACACCAGCAAUGUUUACCAACGAUCCUACCGUCCCCACCCCUUCACCUAACACAGCCAAGACCUUUGGCCCAGAUCCCACCUUGCCUUCAAACACCGGCAUCCCCAACCCAAUGUCUGCAUAUAGCCAAGGCUUCUCAGAUAUGCUGAGCCCCAACCAAAUGGAUAGUGUUCCGUUCGGUGAACAAGCCCCAAUCGGCCAAAGUAGUCCAAACAUGGCAGGUUCUUUCCAGCAGCCAUUCGUUCCACAAGACCUGUGGCAGAUGCCGAUGACGAUCGAAUGGGACUGGGCAGACAUGUCCUCCAACUUCCCUAUCUUCGAAGCCGGAGAGGGUCCUAGUCAACCGCCUCCGCAGUGA